AUGCGAUUCACCCUUCAAUCGUUGUGCCUCUUGUUGGCGGUGAUGUUGGCAAUGUUCUCGAAUGUGCUCAGCGCUCAGGAUUUCUCGCCAAAAGAGGUCGAAUUGUUACAAAUUCUCAGCCGAAACAAGCUCUUGCCUGAAGCUGGUCGUUGGAAGCGCGGCGAUCUCGAGCGUUUCCAAGCCGGAAUGGAGAUUCUCAACCGUAAUCGCUGCUUUUUCAACCCGGUCUCUUGC